AUGGCGAGGCUCCGGCGCAAAAGCUGCAUCUCCAUCUUGGCCGUGCUUUUCCUCGUCCUGGUGGCGUCCGUGGUGCUGAGGAACCUGCCGUCGGAGCACUCCAGCCCACUGAGCUUAGUGCAACCUGUGGAAAUGGAGCGCAAGGACUUAAAACCGUCAAAAACACCCAUCCGCCUUGAAAGAGACCCGCAACUGGAGGAGACCUUGAGGAAGUUCCCGCCGCCGAACUACUAUGUGCACGCGUUCUACUAUCCCUGGUACGGGAAUCCCAAGUUUGACGGGAGGUACGUGCACUGGGACCACGUGCAGCUGCCGCAUUGGGAUGCGAAGGUGGCGCAGGGGUAUCCACAGGGAAGACACGUCCCGCCUGAGGAUAUUGGGUCGAACUAUUACCCCGCACUGGGACCGUACAGCUCCAAAGACCCGGCAGUGGUGGAGAAUCACAUGCAGCAGCUGCGGAUGGCGGCAAUAGGCGUCAUGGUUGUGUCCUGGUAUCCCCCAAACCUAAAGGACGAUAAUGGAGAGCCCUUAGACGACCUGAUGCCUCUCCUGCUGGACAUAGCCCACCGAUACCACAUUAAGGUCAUUUUCCACAUUGAGCCGUACAAAGAUCGUGAUGAAGUCAACAUGCUCACCAAUGUCAAGUACAUCAUUGAUAAAUACGGAGACCACCCCGCCUUCUUCAAAUACCGCACCACGAACGACAAGCUGCUGCCUCUUUUCUACAUCUACGACUCAUAUUUGAUGAACUCCGAGCAGUGGGCCAAGCUCCUCAAGCACACGGCCAGCGACAGCAUCCGCGACACUCCGUACGACUCCCUCUUCAUCGCGCUGCUCGUGGAGGAGAAGCACAAGCGCCACAUCCUCACCGCUGGCUUCGACGGCUUCUACACGUACUUCGCCACCAAUGGCUUCUCGUACGGCUCCACGCUGAAGAACUGGGACGGACUCCGGGCCUUCGCCGAGGACAACAACCUGCUUUUCAUUCCCAGCGUGGGGCCAGGGUAUAUCGACACCAGCGUUCGCCCGUGGAACUUCCAGAACACGCGCAACCGCAUCAACGGCAAGUAUUAUGAGACGGCCCUGAGCGCUGCGUUGGAAGCCCGGCCGGAUUUCAUGUCCAUAACGUCUUUUAACGAGUGGCACGAGGGAACGCAAAUAGAGACGGCGGUGCCAAAGACGAGCCAGACUGUGUAUUUGGACUACCUGCCCAACAAGCCCACCAUCUACCUGGAGAUAACGCGCAAGUGGGCAGCCAUAUUUGGAAGCGAGAGACGGCGGUGGCAAGACUGA